GAGCUGAUCAAUAACUAACCAGGUCCGACUCUGAGCCGCUGCUGCAGCUCUGAGCUCAGUCUGUUUCCUCCUCGUCUCCAGGAUGAAGCUGGGCCUCCUCCUGCUCCUCCUGCUCCUCCUGUGCGCCUCCUGUCUCUGGGGGAAGACGGACGCUGAGUCCAGAUCGUAUCUGAUCACGGCGCCUCGCUCGUUGCGGCUGGACGCCGUGGAGACGGUGGUGCUGCAGCUGUUUGGUUUCACCGAUGAUGUGACCGUCUACCUGGAGCUGAAGACGUCCCUGGCCUCCGAUCACGUGCUCCUGGCCAAGGAGAUCGUGACGCUCAACGCCCAGAAUCAGCACCAGGCGGCCGCCAAGAUCCGGUUGGACCCGGCGAAGCUGCCUAAGAGUGUGAACAAUGUGAUCCUCCACGUGAUAUCACCAGAGAUCAACAAGCAUCAGUCCAUCGCCGUCAGUCGCACCAACGGGUUCCUGUUCAUCCAGACGGACAAACCGCUGUACACCCCCCAUCAGACCGUCAAAGUGAGGGCGUUCUCCCUGAACCAGGAGCUGAGGCCGGCCAAUCGCAGCGUCUCCUUAGUCUUCAGGGACCCGGACUACGUCAUCGUGGACAUGGUGCAGAUGGUCGACAUGAACAACGGAAUCCCGUCCAUGGAAAACCCGUUCAGGAUCCCCAUCAAACCAAAGUUCGGAGUCUGGUUCAUCGAAGCCUCUUAUUCCGGUGAAUUCACCACGGCCGCGACAACUGACUUUGAAGUGAAGGAAUACGUUCUUCCCAGCAUCUCCAUCCAGGUGGAGCCGGAAGCAAACUACAUCAGUCAUGGAAGCUUCAGCAGCUUCAACUUCAAAGUCAGAGCCAGGUAUCUGCACGGGGCUCCGGUCUCCGACGGCAUCGUCCUCCUGCGCUACGGCUACGUUAGCGGCAAAGACCGUCCGGUUAUCGUCCCCAACUACGUCAUCAGAGAGGGCCUGUCCUCAGCAGGUGAAGUGGACGUGACGGUCAACAUGGAGGAAGUUCUGUCCAAACACGAUCCACCGAAAGACUUUACCAGUGUGGUGGGGAAGUACCUGUACAUAGCUAUUUUCUUGGAGGAGCGCUCAGGUGGCAUCACUCAGGAGUCAGAGUUUACUUCAGUGAAGUUCGUUAAAUCUCCGUACCGCCUGAGCCUGGUGUCCACGCCGCCCUUCAUCAAACCCGGACUCCCCUACUACAUCCAGGUGGUGGUGAAGGAUCACCUGGACAAGCCCGUGAGCCGGGUCCCUGUUCGAGUGUUGGAGCAGCAGCUGUUCACAGAAGGAGGCGCGACGUCAGACCUGUCCUGUCCUCUGAGGUCCCAGACCAGACCGGACGGCCGGGCUAGCUUCCUCUGCAACACGCCCACAGGCGGACUGAGGGCGGUGCUGAAGUUUGAGACGGACGACCCCUCCCUGCCCCCCUCCAGCCAGGCCAGUCUGACUCUGGAGGCCAUAGCCUACCACUCUCCCAACCAUCGCUACCUUUACAUCGACCCCCCCAUGCAGGAGCAUGGCCUGGUGGUGGGAGGCUACGCUCAGGUCAAGGUGUACCUGGCCAUGCCCUCCUACCUGCCCCUCAAGUCCAUCAGCUACCUGAUCCUCUCUAAAGGGAAGAUCGUCCAUUUCGGCAUCCACACGUUCGUCCCCAGCUCGGACAACAAACAGACGAUCAACUUCAUGGUGACGGCGUCCAUGGUGCCGUCCAUCCGGCUGCUGGCCUACUUCAUCGUGCACGGGGAGGGCGUCUCCGAGCUGGUGGCCGACUCCAUCUGGCUGGACGUCACCGAUCACUGUGUCAACAGACUCCAGACCUCUGUCACACUCUCCAGAAUCAGCUCCAAACCAAAGGAAAAGCUCAACUUGGACAUCAGGACCAAUCAGAACGGUCUGGUGGCUCUGUCGGCCGUAGACUCCGCCCUCUUUGUCCUGCGGCCCACCUACAAAGACCCCGUUGCCAUGGUCCUGCGUCACAUCGAGCGCAGCGACCAGGGCUGUGGAGGGGGCGGGGGCAAAGACAACGCAGACGUCUUCCGAUUGGCCGGCCUCACCUUCAUCACCAACGCCAACGCCAUGCCGUCCUCCAGCAAUGAGGCGUGUGAAGCCGUGGUCCGAACCAGACGAGCUGUGACUGAGCAGCAGAAAAAAGAGAAAGCCCGGACUUAUGGUCGUGCAAAGCCGUGCUGUGAGCUGGGGAUGGACUACCUCCCAAAGAUCCUGACCUGCCAGCAGUUUGCUGAACAGUCCCUCAGGAAUCGGCCUCAGAAAUGCAUAGACGCCUUCAGAGAGUGUUGCGAGUUCACCCAGGAGAAACUGGACCAGGAUGAGACGCUGAUCCUGGGACGCCACGACUUGGGUCCCAACUUCGACCAGGCUCCAUCUCUGGUGAGGAGCUACUUUCCAGAGAGCUGGUUGUGGGAGGUUCAUCCGGUCAGAUCCGGCCUGACGCCGCUCAGUAAAACGCUGCCAGACUCUCUGACCACCUGGGACAUCAAGGCGGUCGGCGUCUUCCAUAACGGUAUUUGUGUUGCUGAGCCGGUCCAGGUGUCGGUCAGUCUGCCGCUCAGCGUUGACGUCCCGCUGCCCUAUCAGGUGGUCAGAGGAGAGCAGCUGGAGCUCAGCGGCUCAGUCUACAACCAGCUGGAGGACCGCGUCAAGUACUGUGUGACGCUGAGCGUCGGCCCGGCCAUCUGUCUGAUGGACUCACGGCCCCUCAGCGAUGAGCUGCACUCCACAACCUGUACCUGGAAGCACCUGUCUGCAGGGGGGGUGGGCAAGGUGACGUUCACGCUGCUGGGCCUGGAGCCCGGAGAACACACCCUGACCUUCAGCCUGAGGACCUUCGGUCGGCUGGCGGACGUCGUGAAGAAGAAGCUGAGGGUGGUGCCUGAAGGACUGAGACGGGAGCAGUUUUCUGCCGGGCUCCUGGACCCGCAGGGAGUUUACGGAACGGAGAAGAUGAGCGUGGAACUGAAGAACAAACCACCGGCAAACAUGGUUCCCAACACAGACGUGGAGAGGAUGCUGACCGUCAACGGGGAGAUUCCAGGUGAAGCAGCGUCCAUCGUGAACGACCCCGACGGCCUCCGACAGCUCGUCAACCUCCCGGCCGGCUCUGCGGAGGCGGAGCUUGCCGGGCUCCUCCCUCUCCUACAGGUGUACCAGUACCUGGAGAAAACCAGGAGCUGGGGCGUGCUGGGACGGAACAUCGACAAGAACUCGGCCGACAUGAGACAGAAGAUCAGGGAAGGUCUGAUCAGCAUCAGCUCCUUCAGAGGAGGAGACUCCGGCUACAGCAUGUGGAUGAAGAGAGAACCCAGCACCUGGUUGACGGCUCUGGUGGUGAAGACUCUGUCUCUGGCCGACGGCAUCGUCUCCGUCAGCCAUCAGUCGCUCUCAGAGUCCGUGUCCUAUCUGAUCUACAAGACUCAGCAACCGGACGGAUCCUUCGCCGACCAACGUCUCUCCUCCACCCACGCGGCUGGUGGUGUAGAUCGCUCCGUGUACCUCACGUCCUUCGUGCUAAUCGCUUUGUACCGAGCGACGAGGAUCCAAGACCAGAUCCUGCAGCUCCAAUUCCAGUACAACAGCAUGAGGUCUGCAGUGGACUACCUUUCCCAGCAUGCCCUGCAGGUGAAGAGCAUGUAUGUGCGCUCGGUGGCGGUCUACGCUCUGACCCUCUACGACACACAUGACAUCACAGCCUCCCAGCUACUGGACGUCCUGGAGAAGAAGGCCCGGCAGAAAGGCCACCCUGCUGUCCUCAGGUACUGGCAGGAGUCCUCUGAGACGGUUGAGUGGCUGAAACCAGAUGAGUCCAGUGGUCAGACGGUGGAGAUGACGGCGUAUGUCCUCCUGACUGUCCUCCUCAAGGGGAGGAUCCACUAUGCCACACCCAUCCUGUCCUGGCUGACCCAGGACCAGCACUAUGGACAGGGCUUCUACUCGGUCCAGGACCUGGCAUUGUCCCUGGAGGCGGCGACGGAGUACAGCAGCCUGGUGUCUCGGGCCGUCCUCGAUCAGGACAUCAUCAUCAGCUACAAGAGAAAGGGACGUCUGGGAAACGUCAUCAUCAACCAGACACAUCCUGUGGCCACGCCCAUCAUGGUAACGAGGAACGAUGACAUCAGGGUGUACACGGGUUACGGGAAGGGCGUGUCCAGUGUGAAGAUGAGGACGGUUUUCUACCAGACGACGGCGUCCGCGCAGGACAGGUGUCACUUUGACAUCAGCAUCGAGGUGGCUGGGCCCGGUGUCUCUGACAGUCCCAGGAUGACGUCUCCUCAUCUUGUCGCUUGUGUGAAGUAUAAACCUCCUCCCAAUGAGGUCUUGACAGAGUCCGGUCUGACUGUGCUGAAGAUUGAGCUACCAACGGGAGUAGAGCCUCGUCUGGAGGACCUGAGACAGUUCAGAGACGGCGAUGAACCAGUUGUGUCCCACUACGAGCUCCAGGGCAGCACCGUGGUCAUCCAGAUGGACGCCGUCCCGUCCACUACCGUCCUCUGCGUUGGUUUUCGGGUCAGGACCACGUUCACAGUGGGAGGAGUCGCAGAGUCCCUGUUCAGUGUCAGCGAGGUCCAGGACAAAGGAAGUCUUUGCACCAAACAGUUUUCCUUCCAGGAGCAGAAGCUGCAGCGCCUCUGUGUGGGCGACCAGUGUCAGUGCAUGUUAGCGGCGUGUGCGGCCUACAGAGGAGACGUGGACCCGACUCUGACAGCAGACGAUCGUAGACAGGAGAUAUGUCGACCACGCAUCCGAUACGCCUACAGGUUGGUUGUGAAGUCUUCAGCACCAGAAGGAGACUUUCUGACCUACAAAGCCAGCGUGGAGGAGGUCCUGAGGAGGCCGGCUAGAGGGGUGGAGCUGGAUGCGGUGGCUCAGGGGACGGAGGUGGAGCUGGUGAAGAAGGCCACCUGCAACGGGGUCAACCUGCAGGACGACAAACAGUACCUGGUGAUGGGAACCAGCGGGACGGAGGUCGCUCUCACUCAGGGUUACAAGUAUCGUCUUCCUCUGGACUCGGACGCCCUGGUGGAGGCGUGGCCUAAGGACUGCUCCAUCGAGUGUUCGGAGCUGGACGCGGUGGCUCUGGACCUGCAGCUGGAGGGCUGUCCCUGACCCGCCGCCAUGUUAUCAGAUGUAAAUGUAAAUGUCUUCGUUUCAUAAUGUGACAAUUAACGUCCAAAAUGUUUAACAUGUCAAUAAAUAAAUAAAUAAUUAAUAUCUCUUUGACAUAA